CACACCGGAUCAGAGCCGGCGCUACACAUCUCUCCCUCCCUCUCCUGUUUCUCUUUCCUCUCCUCUCUCUCUGCCACUCGCCCGCGACGAAAGGAGAAGACGACGCAUGUUCUUGGGAAUACACGCGAGAAACCCGCUGCGAUUCGGGUCUCACUCCGUCAAGCUGGACUGCUGCUGGGACACAUACGUGUUGCUGCCAUGACGGGAAUACCUGCCGCUGCUGCCCCACACAGUCAGGACUAACUUCUACUGACGGAAAUUGACACAACGAGCGACAGUGAUUGAGGAUAAUAAUUAUGGAGGCCAGAGUGAUCCGUCCCAAACCAGAGCAGUUCUCCUCGACCCUUCUUGUGCUUCACCGAUCAGCUCCCUGAAGGAUACGUUGACCUUGGCACACCCAGCUUGCCUGACAACCUGGCGCAGGGUAAACUGAAAGGUUCCUCAUCUCCUCCCUGCCAAGGACGAGACGCCGAAGACAACAGGGCCAAAGCUUCAGGGACCAGGCGUCAGCAGAAAUCUGCCUCGUCUCGCUGCGGUAACAAAUGAGCCUUUAUUUGUGAACUUAACCGCGCUAACAGCUGACUCCAUAAGGACCAAUUAGGAGCUGACGGGAAUAGGGGGCCAAGAUGAAGGAGACUGCGUUUGUGGCUUGUUUGCUAGCCGAGUUAGCUCUGACUGCCUUUGUCCUGGCCUCAGAGGGGGGCGCAGCAUAUUGCCCUGCAUUGUGCCGCUGUGAGAUACGACCCUGGUUCUCGCCAAGCUCUAUUUAUGCCGAGGCUCCCACAGUGGACUGUAAUGACUUAGGCCUAUCCACACUGCCGGGGAGAUUGCCCUCAGACACACACGUGCUAUUGUUACAGACCAACGACAUUAUCAGUGUGGAGAAACCUUUGGAUUACCUGGCUAAUAUCACAGAGAUUGACCUGUCCCAGAAUAACAUAUCGUCCGUGAGUGAUGUCCAUCUGGGGUCUCUUCCCCGGCUACUGUCGCUCCACAUGGAGGAGAACUGGGUUCAGGUCCUGUCAGACAGCUGUCUCCCAUCCCUGCCCAACCUCCAGGAGUUCUAUAUUAACCACAACCUGAUCGCCUCCAUUCACCCAGGAGCCUUCCAGGGGCUGGGGAGGCUGCUGCGUCUUCAUCUCAACUCCAACCAUCUGACGGGCAUCAGCAGGGACUGGUUUGAACCUCUGCCCCAUCUGGAGAUUCUGAUGAUCGGGGAAAACCCUAUCGUCAAACUGUCAGACAUGAAUUUUAAGCCCCUGGUUAACUUACGCAGUUUGGUACUAUCCAGGAUGAAUCUGUCUGAAAUACCUGACGACACUCUGGUCGGCCUUGACAACUUGGAGAGUGUCUCGUUCUUUGACAACCUGUUUGACAGAGUCCCCCGGGCCGCUCUGAAGAAAGCCAAGAGCCUGAAGUUUCUGGAUCUCAACAAGAACCCCAUCGAGAGGAUUCAGAGGGGGGACUUUGUGGACAUGAUCCACCUUAAAGAGCUGGGCAUUAACAGUAUGCCUGCGCUGGUGUCCAUCGACAGCUUUGCCCUGAACAACCUCCCUGAGCUGACCAAGAUUGAGGCCACCAACAACCCCAGACUGUCCUACAUCCACCCCAACGCUUUCCACAAGCUCCCGAGACUCGAAACACUGAUGCUGAACAGCAAUGCCCUAAGCGCCCUGCACCGCAGUACUGUGGACUCCCUGCCCAACCUGCGCGAGGUCAGCAUGCACAGCAACCCCAUCCGCUGUGACUGCGUCAUCCGCUGGAUAAACAUGAACCGGACAGGCGUGCGCUUCAUGGAGCCAGACUCCCUCUUCUGCAAAGAGCCGCCAGAGUACCAGGGCCAGCAUGUCCGCAAGGUGCACUUCCGGGAGAUGACGGAGAUCUGCCUUCCGCUCAUCUCACCUGGUAGCCUUCCAGAUCGAGUAAAUGCCAGGAGUGGGAGCUCAGUGACGCUGCACUGCCGGGCCUUUGGAGAGCCAGAGCCUGAUAUCUACUGGGUGACACCAUCUGGGAACAGAGUCCUGCCCAACAGUGUGUCUGAUAAGUACUACGUGCAUCCUGAGGGGACCUUUGGCAUCUACGACACUACUCGGCAUGAGGCAGGGCUGUACACCUGUGUCGCUCACAAUCUCAUCGGUGCAGACCUCAAGUCUGUACUGGUCGUGGUGGAUGGAUACUUUCCACAGCCUUCUGAUAAUGACAACUCUUUACACGUGUAUGUAAAGUCAGUGCAGCCCAACACCCUUUCCGUGUCUUGGGAAAACACUCACGGAGGUCUUGUGUCAAUUAUAAAGUGGUUAUCAGUGGAGAACGCCAAGCAGCCCCCAAUGGCUUACACUGCUAGAGUGCCGUCUGAUGUUAAAGAGUACCAUCUCACCCACCUAAACCCCUCCACCCAGUAUCAGGUUUGUGUGGAAAUCACAAGCACGCAGCUCGGCCACCACAGGGACUGUGUCAAUGUCACCACAAAGGGACGGGCACUGUCUGCAGAGGGCACUGAACAGUGGGACAGAGUAGUGAUGGCAGCCUGUGCUGUGCUUUUUAUCAUGGCUGCUGUGGCGUGCUCGGUCAUAUACACAUCUCUGCAAAACCAGCAUAUUCACAGGAAGUUGACGGUGGACCAGUCCAAGGCACUGCUGGGUCCUAGUGUCCACUCUGCCUCUUCUCUCACAGAACUCUGUGUGGCUGGGGUCAAGGUGAGAGCAACGGUAAUAGACCUGCCAGACAACUCCAUGUAAUCCGAGAAAACCUUGGAACAGGAAAGGGAAUGUACUGGAUUUUAAACAAGGUGAAAAAGUGAUUGACACAGAACUAUGUGAUUUAUGUACUCCCUUUUUAUGAUGAUGACAGGACAACAAGAACUUGGAACACAUCGUUAAAUCAGAAGCCAGUCCCCUCAUGCAUUAAUACAUAACCAGCUAAAACCCAGACCCACAGACUCUUUUAUACAAUUCAAUUGUGUCAUUGCAGCAAAAAAGUUCACAAACAGGUAUCUAGGUUGUGAUGUACUUGGCUUCUGGUCGGUCAUUCAUGCAGUGCAACUGGAAAAAAAGCACAGCAAAAAGACUGUGUUGUCUCUGUCCAUUACUGACUUGUGCUUUAUAAUAACGCCUUGUGGAGAUGUCUUUGUGGUCCACGAUGAGGAAUAUUUUCUGUGCUGUUUAAAAAAACACUCAAGGGCCAGAAGUAAGAAUACAACUCAAACAUACAGUUUAUAAUGGGCAAAUCUUGUUAGACUAGUAGACAAUAACAGUGUAUAUGAUGUAAACAAUUUUAUGAUAUUUUUUUUCAUUAAAAAAAGUACAUUGUCAUUUAA